GCCUGCGCGUAAAUGUGAGUGCGCGUGCGCGCGCGUGUGUGAACCUGCUGCUGGCUCUUCAUCCAAGCAGGCUGACGCUCACUCACUCAGUCGCAAGUCAGGCCGACGAGAGGACUGACUGACUCUUCGGUCGCGCUUCUCGAGUCCGGGGGGGUGGCUGAAAAAAGUCGCCUUUCACUCAACCGACUGUGGAGGGUAGAAGACAAAAAGCGAGGAGGACAUGUCGGACGCGACAAGUUAGCUUUUUGGGAGACGACAAGGACGGGAUUUGCUGGGGCAGCGCGUGAAACGUUUAAAAGCACAAGAGCCGGAGCUCAAGAUGCCCUGUAAAAACUAAGCUCAAACUCAACAAAGGAAGAGAGGAAGUCAUAAGCUUGAGAGCGCACCUUGCCGUCGCCCCCGCGGAAGCCCUUUGCCAGCCGACCCGCCGGCUUCCGAGAUGAGUGCCAAAGCCACCAUCAACAAGGAGGUCUUCGUACCCCACGACGAGAAGAUGUUGGCAGCCGUGCAAGUGAAGCGAAAGACCAAGAAAAAGAUUCCGUUCCUGGCGACUGGCGGUCAGGGAGACUACAUGACCUUCAUCUGCCUCUCAGUGACAAAUAAGAAGCCAGCCCACGUCUCCAUCACCAAAGUGAAACAGUUUCAAGGAUCGUCCGCCUUUGUCAAACGCUCCCAGUGGACUAUCGACCAACUACGGCAGGUCAACGGCAUUGACUCCAACAAAGACUCCCCCGAGUUUGACCUGACGUUCGAUAACGCCUUUGACCAGUGGGUCGCUGGUUCUGCGGGAGAGAAGUGCACCUUUGUCCAGAUUCUUCACCACACCUGCCAGCGCUACAUCCCGAUGCGGAAACCAGAGUUUGUCAACUGUCAGUCCAAACUGCUGGGAGAAGGCCAAACGGUAGAUUCGGUUGUAGUCCGCUGCAAAGUGUUUAUGAACAGAGUGAGGAAAGAUCUGGUUGCUCACCAUAGUCUGCUCCGACGACGAGGUAAGACAUUCGGGCGUACGUAUUUCCCGCAUUACUGUAUCAUAAAAGGUGUUGCGUGCCCAAAUAGUCACCGAAAUAAAUUAACGCCUCCCUGCUCCUAUCUGGAAAAGACAAUUGGUAGCGACCUCGAAUCAUCUCCGUUUAUAGAUAUAUUGUCACUCACACGUUCAUUCAAGAGUUAACAAUUGAGACCUUUUGACCUUAGUUGCUAACCAAAACAGCGGCUCCUAUCAAAGCAUGCACACCGUCUAUCAGAUGACUUGGUGGUUUGGUGACUUAUUGCAUUUCGGCGCACAAGUCAACAAUUUUGAUGAUUAGAGUUUUCGCUGGACUCUGACCUGUGGUCGCUUCACAAUGUUGCAUGAAUGACAAGGUUCCACGUCAAGCAAAUACCACGUCUCUCCCAUAGAUGACUUCUUGUUUCCAUCACAGAAACUCAAUCGGUAGUAACCGUAAUUAUCUCGGUUCAUCACUGCUAUCGUUCAUGCAACCAUUAAAGAGCUAACUGCUGGCCCAACGUGCUGCUAACCCAAAAAAAAAAAGCACCACCGACCAAAGCCCUUAAACAGCCUGGGAGGGAGUUCAAUUAAAGUCUGAACGCUUUCUGCAUGUUAACGAGUCACAGAUGAAGACAAAUCGGGCAAUUCGUGUUCCGGUCGGCCGCCGCGGUGUUCUUUGCUUUUAUCGUCUGUGGAGCUACACCGCUAUUUGUUUCAUGUGAGUAGCAUUGCUAUAAAAAAGUUGAGCGGUGAACUCCUGGAUCGCAUUCAUUGUAAGAUUGUUGUAUUAUUCGAACAAAUGUUUUUUAGACAAGGCGCCGCCUCCUGGCGCAAUGGAGGAAAUGAACACGCUUUGACACGAUUUGCGGGAAUAGAGUAAACACAAAUAAACCUUGCUGCCGCGUCUCAGAGGAAAACUGAGUGACCUUGGCUGUCAUUUUUUUUUUUUUUAGGCUGACACUAGUGCGGAUACGACUGGACGCUCACAGCAAG